AUGACUGCAACAGAUAUUGGCUCUUCAAAUGAGCCUAAUGGGCAGGCCCAACAGGUCAAUGGUACUAAUAAAACCCUUUCUCAGCUACAAAUUAUUGAUGAAAACCAACACUUCACAAAAGACUUACCGAAAUACAUGAAAGAUGAGUGGGAGCUUGCUGACUGUGGGUUUAACUAUAAUUUGGUGGCUGUUUUUGGGUCACAAAGUACCGGGAAGAGUACAUUGCUAAAUAGACUCUUCGGUACAAAUUUUGAUGUUAUGAGUGAAUCUGCGCGCCGUCAAACUACCAAAGGAAUUUGGAUGAGUCGUGGCAGGGACAUGAGCGUAUUGAUCAUGGAUGUUGAAGGUACCGAUGGUCGUGAACGUGGUGAAGACCAGGAUUUUGAAAGAAAAAGUGCAUUAUUUUCUAUGGCCACAUCCAAUGUUAUCAUUGUUAAUCUUUGGGAACACCAAGUUGGCCUUUAUCAGGGUGCUAACAUGGGUCUUCUAAAAACUGUGUUUGAGGUGAACUUACAAUUGUUCCAAGCUGCACGAGGUAAAGAAAAGGAAAAGACCUUACUGCUCUUCGUAAUUAGAGAUCAUGUCGGUUCAACACCAUUGGCCAAUCUGUCGAAUACUUUAAAGGCUGAUUUAGAAAGGAUUUGGGAUAGUGUCUCUAAGCCUGAAGGCUUAGAACAUUGUACAAUUAAUGAUUAUUUUGAUUUUAUGUUUGCUGCAUUACCACACAAACUCCUCUUACCAAGAGAGUUUGAACAAGAUGUUAUCAAAUUACGAGAACGGUUUGUUAAUCCAAACAAUAAAGAUUUUGUUUUUAAACCAAAUUACAGCAAACGAGUUCCUGCUGAUGGUUUUCAUGUUUAUGCAGAGGGUAUUUGGGAUCAAAUUAUGUCAAAUAAAGACCUUGAUUUACCGACACAACAAGAGCUUUUAGCGCAAUAUCGUUGCGAUGAAAUAGCAACUAUCGCUUUUGAUAGUUUCUUAGGAAAAAUCAAGGGAUUCAGACAACCUAUUGAAGCUGGCAAAAUCAUUGAUGAUCUAGGGCCACAAAUGGAAGAAAUUCGAGCUACUACUAUUAAGCAAUUUGACAAAGAUGCAUCCCGUUAUCAUUCUGAAGUGUAUAAUCGUAAACGUCAAGAAAUUCUUCAAAAAGCAAAUUCUCAAUUACACGUAUUUUUCUUGGGUCAACUGAAAAAUCUCACAAAGAAGGCCAUAAAUACAUUCAAUUCUCGAGUUCAGGAAAAAUUGAAGGGAGAAUAUGAUUUCGCUGAAGUUGUUAACAAUUCUCGUGAAGAGUCCGAGGAACUUUUCACAUCUGGAGCAAAGGCCAUUCUUUUGUCCGAUACUGAUUGGACAUUUGAAGAAGAACUUACCCAAUUGAAAGAUUCCAUUGAUGAUAUUGCUGCGAAAUCACGUAUCGAAGAAACGAAAAAAAUGGUCAAAGCAUUGGAGAAAUCAUUUCAAUCGCAAGUCAACGAAUUCGUAUCUCUAUACUUCAAAACUCCAACUUCGGAUAUGUGGGGCAAGGUUGUUAAUAAGUUUCAACAAGUUCUCGAUACUGUUGAGGAACAAUUAUUAAAACGUGCAAAAAGUUUUAACGCUACUGAAGAAGAGAAUAUAAAGGCCAUUUCCAGUCUUCGUAAGCGCUCAUGGUUGCAGUUACGAAAGAAAAUUGAUGAUGAACUUGCGGACAACAUGUUUUUACUUAAAUUACGUGAAAGAUUUGAAGAAAAAUUCCGGUAUGAUGAUGACGGUUUACCAAAAGUGUGGAAACCAGAAGAUGAUAUAGAUGCGCAUUUCCGGAAAGCCAGGGAUGAGGCGCUCAACCUUAUACCUUUAUUUGCCUCAAUUCAAAUUCCUGAUGAUGUGGAAUUAGAUAUUCCAUCAGAUGAAGAUCUCGAUUUCGAAAGUUCAUUAACAAUUCUAACUGAGACCAGGCAACAUGAUUUAUCAGUGCGUUUCAAGCGAGAAUCAGAUGCAUUCUAUCUGGAAGCGAAACGCUCUGUUUUAUACUCGGUUGGAAUGAAUUCAUAUCCAUUAUUACAUCUCCAACUUGAAACUUUUAUCUAUAUGAUCUCAUCAGAAAUGAUCAAGGUUGGAAAAGAACAACUCAAGCACGGGCUUAGUAGUAGAGCACCGCCGGUAUUAGCACAAAAAAUUGACUCUAUGUUGG